UUUGCGCGCGAGCCAUACCCUACAUCAGUCGGUUUGGGUAUAGCUGUACAAUUGUUUUCAUUUUAUUGAACAAGGACUCACAAAUAUUUUAGAUAAUGGAAUCAGGCAGCCAGCUCGUGUCCAUUGGGACAUUUCAAGUGCUUAAAUUGCCCCUUGGAUUUAUCCGCGUUUUGGAAUGGCUUUUUGCCAUUUUUGCAUUUGCAACAUGUGGGGGCUACAGCGGACAGCUGCGGGUUAGUGUGGACUGCCAGCUUGACAAGGCCAGCAGCAACCUCAGUAUUGGUAUUGAUUUUGCUUAUCCUUUUAGGUUGCACCAGGUGUCUUUUGAGGUGCCGCUGUGUGAAGGAAGAAAGAGGGAGAGGCUCUUCCUAAUUGGGGACUACUCCUCUUCCGCUGAGUUCUUUGUUACCAUCGCUGUGUUCGCCUUCCUCUACUCUCUCAUGGCCACCACAAUCUACAUUUUCUUCCAGAACAAGUACCGUGAGAACAACAGAGGCCCUUUCAUCGACUUUAUAGUAACAGUGGUGUUCUCCUUCAUGUGGCUGGUCAGUUCUUCGGCCUGGGCUAAGGCCCUUUCAGACGUCAAGUUGGCCACUGACCCGGAGGAGGUGCAGGAACUCAUGUCUGCCUGUAAAGUCAUGACCAACAAGUGUGGCUCAGUGCACGGGCCCCGCUGGUCAAGCCUUAACACCUCUGUGGUGUUUGGCUUCCUAAACUUUGUCCUGUGGGCAGGGAACAUCUGGUUUGUCUUCAAGGAGACUAGCUGGCACAAGGGAGGACCAGCUCGGUUUGCUGGAGCACCACCCGCAAAACAGGCAGGGACCUUCAACCAGCAGCAGACCUACAAUCAGGACAGCUUUGACCAGCCGGGAGGCUACAAUGCCCAGGGAGACUUGGAGCAGGCAUCAGAAUACAGCCCUGUGGGUGGCCCUAUCUCCUAUUCCAAUCAGAUGUAGUCUUGCAGUCAAAUUGAACACGAGAGAAUAGGCCAAGUUAAGUCAGGGGCUGAAGGGUUUUAGAGGGAGGCCUAACUCAGUAAAAUCCUCUGAUGCGUCUUGUUGUUGGUGUCCUGUUUGUGCAAAAUAAAAAAGAAUGCCCAAGUUUGUCCAAAUUACUUACAAGCAGUUCUUAGCUAUGUAGAAAUAUUCUGGCGCCAGAAAAUGGAAAAUGAUCGAUUGGUACAGUUACAGGCGUAGGUAUUUUGGUGCGUUAUACAAAGUCUAGAUUUUGGUUAGUUUUUAGAUGUUGUUCUGAAUGUUGUAUUGCCAGUUGUUUGAGUCUGUUAAAAGUAUCGCAUUUUCUGUGCCACAGACUUUUUUAUCUGGACAUAUUUUUUUACUUGUUUGUACUGUUGUGGAAGAGACAUGUGGUCUACAUGUGUAUACUUCAUGAAGUUUCCUAAGUGUUGUUGAAACAGUGCAUGAAGUUGUUCUAGGUGUUAAUAUGACUGUUUGUGCAAAUUCUAAUAACAAAACCAGCAACUAAGAGUUUCAGAAAAGUAGUUAGUCAGUAGUUUUACACUGCAUCUCCAUACAUACAUUUAUUUCAAGACUUUCCUUUACUUGCCAUUAUGAUAAAAUUAGAUACAUAUUUUUUAUUUAGAAUGAUUAUUUAAAUGUCAUCUAAGUUUAGGGUAGCCUAGUGCUUACAGCGUUAUUGAAAUGGACAGUGAAAAAUCUUGUUUUGUACUUGAGCAAGGCAGGUAACCAUAAUUGACACACAUAUACACACACACAUAUUUUUUCAUUACCCAGUGCCCUUGAAGGCUUUUUGUGUGUUGGUUUGAGGGAAGAGUAUUUACGACACACAGGCAGAAUUACCCUGUCUCCAUAAACAAAUAUACCGUGUCAUUACACUUGAUCAAUGGUAUUUUGUUUGUUGGUUUGUGGAGUGUUUUUGAUGUUGGUGUUAACAAAUGUAUAUGGUAAAAGUGUGCAUACACUUUGUUUCUAAAUGGUCACUCAUGAUUCAAAUGAAAGCCAUGUCAUACACCUAGAGCUAUCUAGCUGAGGCUAGCAAGACAAUAGGCUUCAGUGAAAAAGGGCCAUGAUAACCUUGUUGCAUAAAACAGUGAGCUCAACCAAAGUUGUCAAACAAACACAAUGCAUUUGAUAUGUCAUGUCAUAUGUCUGUCUUGAAUUCUAUAAUCAAAGAAAUUCAGGUUUGUAUGAAUCUUUCAAAAGUGUGUGCAAUAAACAGACAUCUGAGACUGUCUAAUAAUAUAUGAUAAUUAUGAAUUGUGCAACCCUGUCUCUUGAACUUUGAAGCAUGUGGUUUGCAGAUAAAAAAGAAAUAAUGAACUUAUCUAUGUACUUGCUAUUCUGUCUGUAUAACAAUAUAAUGUAAACAAUGAUAACUGAGUGUGGAUUCUAUUUCUAAGCAUUUUUAACAAUGCUAAA